CCACCAUAUAAAAGACAGUCAGACAGACAAAAGCCACACCAGAGAGACAUAGCUAACACAAACAGUGAGAAAGGGUCUGAGGCUUGAGAGUGGAUUCAUACAGUGUUUUGAAUAAGGACAGCACAAAACUACUUUAUUUAUAAACUCAGUGCUCACUGUAUCACUUCAAAGCGCUGACUGGAUAUCGAUUUGAGGCAAAGAAACCUUUUAAACACUAAUGAGUGCGACCAACUCCUCUGCCUAUCGAUCGGAGCGCAGUUUCCACCAGACAUCCUCCUCAUCUUCAUCCUCAACCUCAACAAACCCAUACAUGGAGAAGAGCCGGGGACUCUUCGCUGAGGACUUUGGAUCUUUCAUGUGUCCAAAAGAUGCUUUGGGAUUUCCAAACAGAACAGGGACAGAUGGAAACAUCAAGACUCUGGGAGACACAUAUCAAUUCACAGUGGAUGUCCGAGACUUCUCACCUGAGGAUGUGAUUGUCACCACCUCAAACAAUCAGAUUGAAGUACAUGCUGAAAAGCUUGCUACUGAUGGAACAGUGAUGAACACUUUUACCCAUAAAUGCCAGCUACCAGAGGAUGUAGACCCCACCUCGGUGAAGUCAUGUUUAGGGGCUGAUGGGACUCUCACUAUAAAAGCACAGAGAAACACUGCAAAACUGGAGCAUGCACAGACGUUCCGCACAGAAAUCAAAAUGUAGAUCUGUCCUCUCCUGCUGUAUCUGUUUCUCUCUGAUAAAUGACCUUAAUAAUAGUUGGUUAGUCCUGCUUUGUCAUUCCUCCAUGACCUUCUCUCAUUUCUUCUCAUUAAACUUGAGUGGAACUUAAUCCUGUCACAUGUAUUCGAAACAUUUAAGACAAAUGCACUGCUAACGUCAAUUCCCUGCUAAAUACAUAUCACCUUACAAUAUACAGUGGGGUCCAAAAGUCUGAGACCACAUUAAACAUCUUUGAGUCAAAAUCCAAUUUAAAUCUGUUUAGAAACAGAAUAUUUUAGGGUUUUGAUAAUAAGAAAGAAAAAUUGUCUUUAAAUGAAUAAGAAAUGUUUAAAUUCUAAAUUUCGAUGUCACUAAACGGAAUCAAAUUUGUUACACUGAUCACGUGGCUCUUUCUGCAAACGCUCAGAUGUUCUUGCUUCCACUGAGGUUCAAGAUGCUCUUUUAUUCAUUUAAAUCACACAGGAGAACAUGAGCAUCAGGUUUUAAACAGACUUGUGGAGUUCAUGUAGCUCAAAUACCGCUGUCAUGAAAUCAAAAGGAGGAAAUACCAAAUACUUUUUUUUUGCUGAUAAUAUCAUUUGUAAUGCACUGAAAAGCAAGUUUAGUAGUAGCUGUCUCAUUGUAAGUAUUACAAACAAUCAGAAGAGAAACCUAUUAAUUGAACUGAUUGUUAUUGAAAGUUGUAUUUUCUAACUGUAAAACUAUGUUGUGUUGGGUGAAUAAAACACUGUUUCAGAACAGAAUAAAUCCAGGACACCUUUGAUGAGUA